GAUGUCCCUAAAAUGAAACAUUUUACUGAAUGAAUGGACAGAUGGAGGAAGUAGACAUCGUCGGCAUCGCACCCUGCUCUUCUCUCGCCGUCGAUUCCGUCCUUCGCGUCGGAACUGCCGGUAUAAUCUGGGGUCUAUGCUCUGGUCCGUACGAUGCUAACAAAAUAGGCCUCACCGGAAUCGCCCGUGCUUCUUUCGUGGCAAAGUCAGUUGGUAAAUUCGGCUUUCAAUGUGGACUUUUUGCUGGAAUUUUUUCUUUCACUCGCUGUGGGAUUCAAAGUUAUCGGAAGAAGAAUGAUUGGGUAAAUGCUUUGAUUGCGGGCGCUGUAGCGGGGGCAGCUGCUGGUGCCGGCACCCGAAGCUGGAAACAGGUCGCGGGGAUGGCCGGUCUUGUUUCUGCCUUUUGUGCUGUAGCUGACAACUCCUAAAACAAUUUGAAGUUCCUCCUUGUAAAAAGUCUUACGGUGGAGGACGAAAAGGAAGUGCUCAACCUCAUCUUACACCUCCACUUGUGUGCUGCCAAUUCAAUUCUUCUUCUCUCUCUCUGUUAUAGGAACUAUAUUUAUUUUUUUAAACUUUAAAACGGGGUGAAUCUUUCUGAUUUAUAGUUGUUCUCGGAGUCUCGUACUAACUGUGUUGCUGCUAUACAUAAUACAAUCAUAAUAUCUCAACUCGUGAAACAAGUUAUGAUA